AGUGUGAAACUCAGAAAUGAGCAAACAACGUUGUCAUUCAGUCAUCGCGAGAGUUCGUUUAGCACAGCUGAGCACAUUACUUCCAUCAUGGCAGGCAGUAAGUUUGUGCUGGAAGGUAGAGUAAGUAUAAAAAGCUUUAUUUUAGGGCUCAGCGUUGUUGUAAUCCCUUUGAUCAGAACCUGGUUUGGACGUUUUGACUGGGUGUUUGAUUAUCUGACGGAGACUCCCGGGAAAAUAGCUAUUUGUGUGCACAUUGCAGUUGUCAACGGCCUCUUGCUAAUCAUAUACAGGGGACCUCUGUACAAGGUUGCUGUGAGAGCCUGCUUCCUGGGAGUUACUUUUGGCUGUGGCUUAAUUAUAAGCUUCUCUCAAACCACUUGGACACACUUUGGGUGGUACAUGUGCUCCCUGUCGUUCUUCCACUACUCCGAAUACCUGGUUACAGCCGUCAUCAACCCCCGUAGUCUGUCGCUGGACUCGUUCCUCCUCAACCACAGUGUGGAGUAUACCCUAGCUGCUGUCUCCUCAUGGGUGGAGUUCACUGUUGAAAAGCUGACACUUCCAGAGCUGAAGCAGCUGAACUGGUUGAGCUUCGUGGGUCUCCUCAUGGUGCUGUGUGGGGAGGGCCUGCGGAAGGCAGCCAUGCUGACGGCCGGCUCCAACUUCAACCACAUCGUCCAGAAUGAGAAGGCCCAGAGCCACGUGCUGGUCACCAGUGGGGUCUACUCCUACUUCAGACACCCCUCCUAUGUGGGCUGGUUCUACUGGAGCAUAGGAACACAGGUCAUGCUGUGUAACCCGGUGUGUAUACUGGGAUACACGAUAGCCAGCUGGCGGUUCUUCCGGGAGCGGAUAGAGGAGGAGGAGCUUUCCCUGAUCCAUUUCUUUGCUGAGGACUAUGUGGAGUACAAGAAGAAGGUUCCCACUGGACUGCCCUUCAUCUCAGGCAUCCGUGUCAACUAGUUUCAGGGGCUAAAUGCUGGACCUACCAGACUUAAAGCACUAAAGCAGGUCAGACCUGAUGGGCGUGUGUUGUCUGCCAUGACAGCCACCCCCUGAGAUGAAACCCUGCAGCUGGCUUGCAGCCUGUAGCUCACAGAGACUGUGACAGCGAGGACGGAGGCAGGCAGCUGGGCUGUUGUUUUCCCAGCAAGCUCCAAAAUCCAGUUAAAAACCAGACAACCUCCAUUGUACUACAUGUAUUUCUACACUCAGUCCAUCUGUCUCACUUGUUUCAGUCUACAUGCUUUGAUCAUGCUAAGUGUUUUCACUCUUCACCUGUUUUAAAGAAUGAUACUGCACUGUUCCUCUUGGGGUCAGACUUCAGCAGAGUGCAGCGACCAUUCUCUGAUGUUUUAGUGGCAAAUGUUUGGAGAUGUUUGAAUCUCACAGGAAAUCAACUAGGUUCAGAAGGGUUAUUGGAGUUUACAUUUGCACUAGUGAUAGUUACUGUUUACUAUCUUCAGUGUAGUUUAAAUCCACAGUAAACCAUAAAGCUAGGGAUGGACCAUGUUGAUACAGUAUGUAAUAUCUGAUAUGCUGAUAUUUUCCAGCUCACUUUGGCCAUUUUCAAUAUAUGCACAUAAUUGUUCCAUUUAAUUGGAGAGUACACCAAGUCUCUCUCAUGUAGUGGAAUUAACAUAUUAUACGAGGGUACUUCAGAAAGUUCCUGGCAUCACCUGGAAACAAGGGGCAUAACUACUGUUUUGAGUCAUAACUGUAAACUAUAUAUCCAUGUUCACAACAACUCAGAAGGUUUAAAGCAAUCAAAGAAAAAAGGAGAGGAAGGCAUUGAGCUGGAGUGUUUUUGCUGCCGGGUAAUGCUCACAUCCACACAGCACAGGUGGUAGAAGCAGCCAAAUGGGACUUGAAACUGUUGCCUCAUGCACCUUACUCACCUGAUGUCAAGAAGUCAGACAGUGCCACCUGUGCUGUGGGAAGGGCCUCAUUGUCCCGCAGAGCUGCACUCCACCUCCAAGCUUUCCUCUUUUUGCAAAGUUUCUGUGGACAGUAAUAUAUGAUUGUUUUUGUAGUAUCCUCUUAGUUAUUCUUAUGGUGAUGACCCACUGGCAGGUUCACACAUAAAAUAAUGCUUUUCAAAUGUACACAUUUAUCUGGUAAAAUAAUUUAGCUUAAAUGUAAAAGUGACAUUUUCAGAUAAACUGCAAACCUGACAGCUGUUUUCUGUCUGUCAGUGCUGAGAUUCAGAGCCUCCAUUGGCUGACACUGAUGAUGAUUAACAUCCUUUACCCCUACUAGCAAAUACUUGAAGGUUUACUCCACUAAAAAAACCCGUCCGUGGACAUGAGGUGAGCUAGCUCCAAAUGAUACUCGGUACCAUUAGGUCUGGUGGGGCUUGUUCUAUUGCCCAGCUCCAAAUCUGUGUAUGUCAUCACCAUGAGGCCAGGGGAGGAUAUAAAAUGUGCAGGAUUUACACCAUGUCUUCAUGUCACCACCUUACAGCUCCAACACUCCACCACAAGUUGUGUGUCAGGACUCAGGCUUGAUUUUAACAGUUCAAGCAAUGGCUCAUAGCAAUGCAAAGACGUUCAGUAGGAUGAUCCUGUAAACGACACUGAUCUCUCUAACAUGAGAUGAUCCAGUGUGUUGAAGCAAGAGGAAAGAGGACAGUUGGGGACAUUUCCUAAGUAGGAGUUUACCCUCAAAAUAAUUAUUUACCAGAUUUUUAUUAAAAGGGAACAUUAUAACAUUGUGACCAUUCCUUGUUUUGCUUUACUGGGGGGACACUUUUAAUUGGCAUGUGGUAACCUGAGUAGUAAAGUACAAGGACACUGUUCACUUGUACAUCUAUUUCUCCUUGGUGGAGCUUCUAAUCAGUAGACACUUCUGCUUUUUAAUACAUUCCUUGGGUCUCUGGAGUUUUCUUUGUCCACCACAAGAGAUACCAAUCAGUUAUUUUAGUUUUCAAUUUGACCAAUGACCCAGUCUACUAAAUGCUGAAUUAAUAUUGGAAUUAAUUUAUGUUUUUGGGUUGAGGAGUGCUUAUGGUCUGGUUUUUAAAGUGAAACGCAUGUAGCAUAUCUGUUAAGUGCACUGAAUAGUUGAGAUAUUGAAACAGCUGUAUGCAAGUGACCGGUGCAGCAGGCAGGAUUUUCGAUAAGCUGCACAUCCUUUCAGACUGUUUCUUCACAACGCGGGUUGUGUCAACACCACUUGUGUGAAAUUAAAUUGAGGAAGUUCAUUAAA